CUGCUAGUACUGGGAGAAUCUUCACCCUUAUCGUAAGCAUCACUUGAGCUCCUUCGAUCAUUUGCCUUCGAUUCAGCGUGGAGAACGGGCGCAGUCUUCUCGUAGUAAACACGCAAGUGUAUAUAUGUGUGUGUGUCUUUCUGCAGUGACGGGGUACAGUGGCCUGCAAAAACCGUUUGGAAGAAAGCGUGCUCCAAUCAGUCAGUAGCGUGUGGUAUUCGAUGAGUCAGUAGAAUGUGGGCCAGGAUCCGAUUACGAUGAGCGCAGCAAAAACGGUGCGGUUCCGUUGCUAGAAUUCCUACUAACAGGGUGUGUUCUCAAUGCGAACCAAGUGUGUAUUUGCCGGUGAACAUAACAAGUGCCAGUGCAAGUCGUACGUACGUACGUACGCACGUACCAUAUUCAAACAGAAGCUUCCAAAAAUCGACGUCAAAACACUUGUCACACAUCUGCGUUUCGCAGUUGAUCUUGUGUAUGGGGUGGCUCUUUUUUGUGACGAAAAAAAAACAAGGGUGAAACACGAUCAACAGCCAUUUCCUCCUAUCAAUAACAUGCAUCACCUCAACACAACAACAGUAAAAACAGGCCCGACCCGAGAGACAUAGACGUUAUCGUUGCCUGUGUCAAUAUGUGUCCCCACAGCUCGUCCAACUAGGGAAGUGAUUACAACUCGACACUCUGUUGUGCCGGAUGAACGUUCUUCACCAUCAAGCUGACGCUAGCCAGAAGCAACGUGCCUGCUAGACCUCCCCAGCGGAACUGAUUCGAUUGCGCUGCGUACGCAAACCCUUUUAUAAGAAGGAAAAGGCUCUUAUCAGUCGCUUGACAGGAGGGAAUCAAAUCAUCAAGCAAGGGCAGGCCAGCAGCACCCCGGGUAGAGUGCGGAGUUGGUGGCUGGGUGCGGCACUGUUGUAGGUUAUCAUCGCUACCGCAGCCGCCCUACGGGAGAGUGCUUAGUAGGCGCGUAGAUUUCGUUGCGAAACACGCAGGCCGGACGCACACUGGGACCGAGUUUGGUGGGAAAGUUGUGAUUCGGAAGCAGAAUGACGUCGGGGGAAGACGUCGUCGAAAGCAGCAAACAGUCAUCACACGACCGUGCAGGGCGAUCGUGGUCCAUACCGAGCGCGUGGAGUUGAAGAAUGCGUUUCGUCACGAGCAGAUACGAACAUGUGCCAUCAGAUACGGGACAUCAUCUGGAUUGGUGAAGAGUUUGGCCGUAUGUUAAAACAGAACACAGUGCAUUGACUAGAUAAUUGAAAGGAUUUAAGUGAAUACUGUGAGUGAACAAUAACAACAGAAAAAAGACAGUUUAUGUACCAAAACAAUCGAGGCAGGCGAAGUUAAUCCAAGCUCAAACUUAACAAGUGGGCGAAGUCCAAGGAAUGCUUCGCGGUGACGUCCGAUGUGUUGAACAAUUGUGUUAAUCCUCAGUAAGCGUUGGAUGCGAAAGGGAUGAUUUAGCGAACGAACGCGUGUCCCUCUCACAAGUGUGUUACUCCCUGGUGUGUUACUCAGUGCCACCCGGUUCGAAGUUCGGUCGCCGUUAGGUUGUGUACCAGUUGUUGGCAGUAAUUAAAUAAGCACAUUUUGCGACACAAUUCAUUCAACUUUUGGUAUGGCUGGUCGGUGAUCAAUUAUUAAACAGAUUUUAAGUUACAAAUUAUGCGAAAAAAGUUCGUGCAAACGUUGGCCGCACAGCAGCUUGAAAUGUCCACCCACAUACGAGCGCCGGGCGAUAUGGAGCCCGGCAAGGAGCACAGACAGCAGCAAGCAACGCGCACAUCGCGCGACUCGCCCCAGUCGUCCGAGCACAGCCGGUCCGACGGGCAGGUGAUCGAAAUCCUCGACGACGACAACGACGUGGAGCUGAUGAUGGAACGCCACCGGAAGUAUCACCCGCGCAAGUACGUCAAUCUGCAGCAGCCACCGUCGAAGAUAUACUACGACCCGGUCGACAGGCCGAGCUCGCCCGCACCGGACCGGGCCGAUCAGCACAAGCAGGUGAAUGGGGCAGGGGAGCAGGAGGAGGAGGAGGAGGACGAAGAGCGGCAGCUUGUGAUCGAUUGUGUGCGGGAUGCGGGCUCCUCGUCGUCGUCGUCCUCGAAGGAACCAAACAACAACAGUGCGGACAUGGCGAACGGCAAUCACGCCGAGGAGUGGGACAGUAAUGGUGAGCCGGCUGGUCCUAUCAGCUUGCAGGCUCCUCCUCCUCCUACUACUGCUACUGUCCCGGAAUGCGCGAAUGCAGCGGACAACAGUGAGCAACAGCAGCAGCAGCAGAAAUCGCCAAAAAAGGAUGCCGCCCCGUCGUCCGGUUUAAAUUGGCACGUGCCACAGAACCAGAGCCUGACGCCUGUCGGACCACCGCCAGAACUUCGGCCACUUCUCCAAUGUCCGCCAAACGUCCCCCGCCCGAGACCGGACACACCGGCACCUAGGAUGAUGAUGAUGCAGCAGCAGCAGCAACAGCAGCACGAUCGUCUGCCACCUCACCUUCGUGGCCAUCGAUCGAAUCCUUACGAGCGUCCUCCGGCUGGCAACGAUCACAGCGCAGCGCUGGAAGCUAGACGACGCGCUGCCACACCACAUCCCGGGGCAAUGGCCGGUCAUAGAACGCCCAGUGCGCCCCAACCAACCGCCGAAUCAGCAAGAAAAUCCGCCUUUUGUGCGCCCCGCGAAAGCAGACAGCCGUAUCGGAGCGCGAUAAUGCCGCCGCCACCGCCGCUAAUGCCGUCGCUGCCCGGUGCGGUGGCCAGCAGUGUCGCUGCCGCACCGCGCACUCCCUUCUACCACAAUCCGUUCCUGCAGCCGUUUCUGCACUAUCAGCCGCACGGUGGCGGCGCGCCCGAUCCGCAAACCUACCACACGCUCGAGGAGUGGUACCGGGCCGGCUAUCCGGCCCCGCACCUGCUAGCGCCCGCCGAUCUCGACUUCUACUACAACUGCUUCCUAAGCAAGAUGCUGUUCGGGGCCGCGAUCGGCUACCACCAGCAGCAGCAGCAGCAGCAGCACCACGAGCAGCUCUAUCGCAACUAUCCGGCGCUGGCGAUGACACCGGGCAACGCUUUCUAUCCGCCGCCGCAGUACGGGUUUGUCAAGCCCAUUACUGCCACGGCUCCCGGGCCUGUCGCUUCCACUACUGCUGCACCGACUGCUGCUACUCCUGUACCGGCUGCGGCUAAUGCACCAUCUCAGGCGAUUAAUUUUACACAGCUCUAUAACGGCGGCGCGCCAUCUUCUGCAGCUGCUGGACACCACGCUACAAGCUUACCGUCCACAACCACCGCACCAACCCAUCAAUCGCCGCAAAGAGUACCCCACACUCCCUACUUCAUGAACCACUCGAUACCACCACGGCCCGGUGCGAUGGAACGUGCCGGAACCCCUGCCCCAGGGCAUCCUUCAGCUCCACGGCCGUCUUCUGCUGCGCUAAUGCCACCGCCCCCGGGUGUGGCAUCGGGCUCGCGGAAACGUUCAGCUCCAUCAGCUUCAUCGGCAAAGCGUCCACCUUCGGGUAGAGCAGAUCCACCCGCUUAUCUGGCUUCCCCAUCUCAAUCCAUCAGCAUGCCUCCUUCGGCCUAUUCUAUGGCACUCCCUCCUCCAAGCAAUCAUCCACCAGCUGGCAAUGUGGCGGCACAGCACACUACCAACAGUAUGCCGCCCCCGAGCAAUCAUGCUCCCUUCGACUAUACGCAUUCAACUGCAGCUGCUGCUACCACUGUCACUACUUACGCUACUCCUACUAUUCUUUCCACAAUGCUGUCAUCACCUGACCGUAUGCCACCGCCAAGCAAUCAUCCACCGUACAGUACAGUGUCCGAUCGGUCUCCUCCUGCCAGAUCGGCAACGCCGGCACCGGGCAGAGGUAUGCCGUCUCCGACCAAUCAUCACCGAUCUCCGACCCUGGGCUUGCCUUCAACAAACAUGUCACCGGAGAGUAUGGCUCGUCCAAGCCAUCCUGCAACUUCCAACCAUUUGAUCUCCUUCCCUAAUGUAAUGUCAUCAUCUGGCAGUAUGCCGCCUUCAAGCAAUCAUCCACCGUCCAAUAUGGGCUCCCCUACUGCAACGGCCACUAGUACUGCUGGUACACUGCUGUCUGCGGGUAGUAUGCCACCUCCCAGUAACCAUCCGCCAUACCAUACCACGACUUCUACUUCCUCUAUGUCGUCACCGGGAAGUAUGCCUCCCCCAAGCAGCUAUCCAUCUGCUGGUUCAUCCAACGCUUCAACUACUUCUAGCAGCAGUAUGCCGCCACCACCAACAGUCAAUCCCAACUACUCAUCCUCAUCCUUUCCAAUGAUGCCACCUAUUAUCAGUUACUUGCUACCGCCUGUGCCACCUACCACAUCCGUUCAUUCCACUAUGUCGUCUCCAUCUUCCAUACCUACUACUUCUUCGACUUCUGCUACUGCUGCUGCUCACAAUGCACCGGCCAGUAUGCCCUCGCUCGAUACGGUCUAUGCCAGCUCGAGCAUGAUGCCACCGCCCAGUACCCCGUCGACGAGCAACCGUGCAGCAGCCUCCAACCAACCGACAUCUCCCCCGACGACUGCCGCCAAUACAAACGGCUCCAAGAGAGGUUCCCGAGCGGCUCCAAAAUCAUCCCCCUCAACAUCGCGUACACCCGAACCGCCAACUCCACCAGCACCGAAGCGUCGCAACCGGCGCGCUUCCGUCGCGGCAAGCCAAUCGCCCUACCUUACGGCACCCCCUUCCCAGUCACCGAUACCACCACUGCCACCGACACCGAGGCCACCGCCAAUCGCCACACCGACGGACACCACGCUCGACACCACCAACCUCGGCUCCAUCCUGACGGCUGUACGCCAGGAGAUGGCAUCCUUUCUGCAGCUUCGGCGCAACGACAUCCUGACGACGAUGCGCAUCUAUACGGGCGGCCGGACCGAUUUCGCCCUCUUCCUCGCCGAGAUGAAGCGGCACAACGUGACCUACCGGGACUUUAUGCACGUCGCGUUCGCGCUGAUGCGCCGCUACGGGCAGGACCGGUUCGCGAAGGAACCACCGAGCGAGCUCGACUACCAGUGGGCCAAUCCGCCCCAGGAGUUUGCCACCUACUUUUCCAACAUACACCCCUGCACGCACCAGUUUGUGGGGGAGAAUUUUGAAUUUUUGCUCCUGGUGGUGGACAAUCUGCUGCACCAGUACUUCGAACCGAUGGAGUACUUCCUGCUAACGUACGUGUUCGGGGUGGGAUCGCGCACCAGCGGGGCCGGCUGGAGCGGAUCGGAUAGAGCGCCUGGGGGAGAGAUAAAAUGAAAUGAGUAGGAAGGACAUUAUUUAAUGAGAGAGACAACAUGACAAUGUGAGGAAUGAUACUGGCGUUUGAAGGAGAAGACUUGUAGACUUAAGCCUAAUCCUCUUAAGCCUUUUUUGUUUGAUUUAAUUAUUAUUAUUUAAGGUAUUAUUGUAGCGUUUAAGACACGGCAGAGUUUCAUCCUUGAACAUUGAACUGUCCUGUUUUGACUGACGCCCUGGUGUACGUUUUGCAUAGCAAAGCGAAGUGAGGCCCAGCAUCAAUUAGGAGCUCUUAGGGAUAUCGAAUAAAGAGGUCGAGGAAAGUCGAGUGCGUGUGUACGUGUGUUCACCGUAAGGGAUGUGUAACGUUGAGGGCAAAGUCCUCACCAUUCAAACGAAGCUCUCUCUCUUACUCUCUAUCUCUCUAUCUCUAUUGCAUUAUUAUAUAUUCAUGAUUAAGAGGCGAUUUGACAAAGAAGUAGAAAUAAGUUCAUUUGCUUGAAGAAAGCAACCGAGAAGUUAAGCACAAGCGGAACCAUAAACAGCAAAGAAGCCUUAAGCUUGCGCGCAGGAAUAAAAAAGAAUUACCAUUGUCCUUCUGAAGGCGAAGGAUAGGAAACCA